CGACAUUCAGAAAGAGCCUAUGAGGAGGGAGAGACUGAGUGUGAGAGAGCGGGCAGAGGAAAGAUAAAGAAAGAAAAGGGUUAGGGAUGGCCUAUUUCUCUACAACACUCAAAUGCCAUUGAUGUGCUUGUUUAAAUAGAUUAUGAGCUGUUUGGACUGAUGAGAGGAGAGUUGAGAGUCAGGCAAAAGGUAAAAGAGGCUUAGGCGUAGACAAAAAGUAGGAGAACCAAAAUGGUGAAACUCAGAGUUUAAACUGGUGGUGAAUUUGUUCUGGUGUGUGACGUGUGAGAUCUGGCCUCCGGCUCGGUGAAGCACCCUGACAGGCAGAUCUGUUCACCUGCUGCGACAGUGCCGGUAUGGAAUCCCCUGCUCUUUUAAUUGUAGUAGGUGUGGCAGUUGUUGUGCUGCUCAUCACCCUGAUUGGUCUUUGUGUGAACUGCAAAGGAAACAGCCAACCAAUAUACAUACGAGAACAGAAUCCACGCCCUAGUGCAUCGUCUCAUAACACUCUCCCUUCUAACAGGAACCCAGGAUUUACAGUUGUCCGCUCCUAUGUAGAGCCUCCUUCUUUCGUUGCACCAGUUCAGCAUUCUCAGCACCAGCUCAUCACUUCACCAUCGAUGCCUGAUGCGAGACGGAUCUCUGCUUGUCAAUCCUCUGAUGGUGGAAGCCAGAGUGACUACAUCAACCAGAAUGUGGACAACGAUGCCGUAAGCUAUGAGCAGCCUCCUGAAAAGGCCCUAGACUUUCCGGACUAUCUGGACGUGUUACCAGAUGACCAAAACGUGUCCCAGCUGAAUCUCACCUCUUCAGUGAAUUCAGGGCAGAGUUACCAGAACAUUGUAAAUGAUGACAACGAUGAUGAUUCAGACAGUCAGCAUUACAUAAAUGUCAAUGAGGACAGAGGACCUGCAACUGAAACUCCUGUUGGAUCACUUGGGAGCUGCAGCAGUGAUGGUCAGGGCAGCUCUGACUACGUCAACGCUCCUAAACACAUUAACUUCCACUUGGGCUGAUUAAACACACCAAGACUGGAUUCACUGGAUUCAUAAAUUGGGGCAGUGGUGGAUUUAUGGUUCUGGGCUCUGGGUUACUGAUUAGAAGGUCAGGGGUUUAAGCUCCAGCACCGACAAUUUACUGCAGUUCUUUAAAAAAAAAUCAUAUUGCAUAGAAAACAUCACAUUUUGUCUAGACAAAUAUUUAAAUGUGGACAAAAUGUUGAAGAGAUGGACAGAAUAAUUAUUCUGUAAGAAAUUAAAAUUAGAUUUCACUGUACUUUUUUUCUAUAUCCUGUUGACAGGAUUUCCUGACAGUUCCUGAGAAUAUUAUCUUUUACUCAUUUCUAUUUUCUGACUUAAUACAUGACCAUUUGUUAUUUUUCUUAUUAGAAUUGUGCUGAAAUUGGUUGUUUUUUGGCUGUUGUAUGUAAAGUAAUGUAAUGCUCUGUAACUUUGUCGUCUGAUAACUGAAAUAAAUUAUGCACCAUCAAA